AUGCCAACAUCUCCGGCGACAGUGGAAUAUGAAAGUAUAAUCAUAACAGAAAAUACACCAACUGUUAUUGAAGUAGGCAAAGUAUACAAAGACAAGCAAACAAUUGCUAGUGCAAUGAAGCACUAUUCUGUCAUGAACAAGUUUCAAUUUAGGGUAAAAAGGUCUAGUGCUAGAAGCUACUGCCUGGUAUGUGUUGGGGAAGAUUGUACAUGGCACUUCAAGGCCACCAGCAUAAAUGAUUCAGCAAUGUUCAAGGUUCGAAAAUUCAACAGCUUGCACACAUGCUCUUUGAUGGAUAAUACAUACAUACAACGCAAACUUACUGCCAUGGUAGUGGGUAGCAUGGUUAUACCAAAAUAUGCUGAUCCUAAGACAGUUUACACUCCAAAAGACCUACAAACUGAUAUGUUGUCUGUACACGGCGUGAACUUAACAUACAUGCAAGCUUGGAGAGCAAAGGAAAAGGCUUUGGAAUUUUUGAGAGGUCAUCCUGUUAACUCCUACAGUCGAUUGCCUAGUUAUUUGUAUAUUUUGGAGAAGACUUAUCCGGGGUCGGUAGUUAAAUUGAAGAAGACCGACGAUGACUAUUUCUUGUAUGCAUUUGUUGCGAUUAGUAUGUCAAUCAAUGGAUGGAAAUAUUGUAGGCCAGUUGUAGUAGUCGAUGGGACAUUCUUGAAGUCAGCAUACAGGGGAAUAAUGCUAACAGCUAGCACACUGGAUGCAGCAGGUAGCAUAUUACCACUGGCAUAUGCUGUUGUUGAUUCAAAAAAUGAGGCAUCAUGGAAGUGGUUUUUUGAGCAAUUCAAACAUGCAUAUGGUGAAAAAUCAAAUAUGUGUGUUGUUUCUGAUCGGAAUAAGAGUAUCUUGAAGGCAACAUCUAUUGUUUAUACCGGCAUGCCACAUUAUUCUUGCAUGUGGCAUAUUUGA